UCCUUAAAUGCCUUUAAUAGCUCUGUGAUCUUCCACAGACAAUGAUUUAUUCAAGCAGACCACAGAGAUGGGCAUUUGGGAUUUCUACAUUUUCCUUACUAGAAGCAGCAGUGAUGGAUGGGCCCUGUGACUCCACUGUAACAAAUUCCUAGAAGAAAUGCUGGGUCACAGGAUAUGACCACUUUUUAAUAUCCUGGCCUAGACCCCUAGAUACCUAUCACCAACCGCCCUCUAGCCAACUGCCUCGAUCAGCAGGACUAGAUGUCCAACCCAAAUUUAGAGCUCUUUAAGAAAAGGCCAAGAAGUCUUGGUUCACAACCUUCUGAACAGCAGCUGUGAGGGCCUUAAUCCCACCUCCAAAUCUAGACUAAGGCCAAAGGCCUCCUCUGGGCUGCCAACCUGCCUUGUUUACCCAGCCACAGCCUUCACCUGUGCCCAUCCCAGUCCAAGGUGAGUCAGCUGAACAGGAGACAGGCACCACCCUUCCCAGAGCAGGAAGCCAGCUGAGAGACCGGGCUACGUUUCAGGGAGGGAAACAGAUUCAGCAGCGGCAGCGGCUGGAGAAGGUCGUGGAGCAGCACCUGGCCUGCAGGGUGUUCCGAGAAUCAGCCAUGUCAUCCCUGUACCCAUCUCUAGAGGACCUAAAAGUGGACCAAGCCAUUCAGGCCCAGGUCAGAGCCUCACCCAAGAUGCCAGCCCUGCCAGUCCAGGCAGCAGCCAUUUCCCCACCACCAGUUUUGUACCCAAACUUGGCAGAACUGGAAAAUUAUAUGGGUCUUUCCCUCUCCAGCCAAGAAGUCCAGCAGAGCCUGCUUCGGAUUCCAGAGGGUGACAGUACAGCGGUCUCGGGCCUCGGGCCCCGCCAGAUGGUGGCACCGGUAACCGGGUACAGCCUGGGCGUGCGGCGAGCUGAGAUCAAGCCCGGGGUGCGCGAGAUCCACCUGUGCAAGGACGAGCGCGGCAAGACCGGGCUGAGGCUGCGGAAGGUGGACCAGGGGCUCUUUGUGCAGUUGGUCCAGGCCAACACCCCAGCAUCCCUUGUGGGGCUGCGCUUUGGGGACCAGAUCCUGCAGAUUGACGGGCGUGACUGCGCCGGGUGGAGCUCGCACAAAGCCCAUCAGGUGGUGAAGAAGGCAUCAGGCGAUAAGAUUGUCAUGGUGGUUCGGGACAGGCCGUUCCAGCGGACUGUCACCAUGCACAAGGACAGCAUGGGCCACGUCGGCUUCGUGAUCAAGAAGGGGAAGAUUGUCUCUCUGGUCAAAGGGAGUUCUGCGGCCCGCAAUGGGCUCCUCACCAACCACUACGUGUGUGAGGUAGACGGGCAGAAUGUUAUCGGGCUGAAGGACAAAAAGAUCAUGGAGAUUCUGGCCACGGCUGGGAACGUUGUCACCCUGACCAUCAUCCCCAGUGUGAUCUACGAGCACAUGGUCAAAAAGUUGUCUCCAGUCCUGCUCCACCGCACCAUGGACCACUCCAUCCCAGAUGCCUGAAGCCACUGGAGGGCAGGGCAGGCAGGGGGGGGCUUCCCGCCCUCCUGCAGCAAAGGGCAACCACCCUCGGAUGAUGAUGGGUUGCAGCCGGCCUGCUGCUUAAGGUGGGGGCUGCCAUGAGGGGGGCGUGUCCAGGAAGGUGACCAUGGGAUGGCUUAUACACACAGUCCUCCUUGGAGCCUCAGACUCCAAGCUGGGCUGAGGCUCAGGCAGGGCCCACAGGCAGCCGAUUCUCUUGUGCUGAUUUAAAUGCUGGACACGGAGGCAGGCUGUUUAAACACUGCUUAAAGUCGCAACUGGGCCCCUUUCAAGAAAUUUUGCUCUACCAGGAAAACAGUUACACAUUUUAAGAGAACAGAGCUACGUUCUUUGUGAGAGCUUUUUCCUUGCCUUGACUUGCUCUUUGUCACAGACUGCAUAAGUUGUCAGCCUUGACUACCUUUUGAAUAAAGAUUUGAUUUUAAACAAAA